AGGAAGUGCAUGUCGGGAAAUGUAGUUCUUUGGGCCUCACGGGCCUCACGAAAGGUUUGCUGCCCCUUGCUUUUCUGAGUGACGUGUCACUUCGUAGAGCGCGCGCAGGGCAACCCGCCGCCCUGCUCUUGCUUCAGGCCGAAGGGGAGGAGCAUGCAGCUGCCGGGGUCGCCUCCGCCGAGCGCGCCGCUGACGGACGUGGUCAUUUUAGAGACAAUGGACAUACUCUUUAGAAUAAGAGGAGGCCUGGAUCUGGCUUUUCAGCUGGCCACAACAGAUGAUUCUUCAACAAAAGAGGCAUUAAAGUAUGUUUUCAGUGAUCUUUCAGCCAAGCUGGCUUCAAAUGUGCUGGUAUUCAGAAUCUGCCAUAGCCCAGUUUAUCUGUGGCCAAACAGUGGAACAUACUCAGUUGCAACUGAACUUUCGGAUGACUCUGCUUGUAAAGAGAUACUGCGAUUUAUUCAAUUUGACCAAGAAGAGGAGGCUAAACAUAGGUUUUCAAAAAAGAAAGAUAAAAAAUUGCAAGAUUUGCAGCCUAUAGUAAAUAUAGAUCUUAUGCUGGAAAUGACAACUUCAUCAGAGGCUGUGGUGCCAGUCAUUGAAAAAGAGAACAAGGGACAUCACUACAUAAGCAUGACCUUGCCCGUCGACGCUGUUGUUUCUGUGUCUCCAGAAGAAAUGUGGCGGAAUUUACGAAGUCUCCUGGUGAAUGCAAUUCAUACUCAACUAAUUGAUAUGGAAAGGUGCAUUUUGAAACAUAUGAAAGGAACAUCAGUUGUGGUGCCUGAACAAUUUCACUUCAUGUUACCAGGAAAAAAAUACCUUGUAACAGUCUCAUAUCCUACAGGUAUUCCUGAUAGUCAGCUGGAGACUUACAGGCAGGAAUUACAUGGACGAUUUAAUCUACCAUUUGACAGACCUUAUUUCCGAAGGGCUAAUGCCUAUCACUUUCCAGAUGAACCAUUCAAAGAUGGAUAUCUCAGAAACCCACAUGUACAUCUUAAUCCACCUGGCAUAGAGUCUGGUAUGGUCUAUUUGGUCUAUGGCACAUACAGUUAUCAUCAUUACCUGCAGGAUCGUAUUGAUGAUAAUGGCUGGGGCUGCGCCUAUCGGUCUCUGCAGACAAUAUGCUCGUGGUUCAGGCAUCAAGGAUAUACUGACAGAUCAGUUCCAACACACAAGGAUAUCCAGCAGGCUCUAGUUGAUGUUGGGGACAAGCCACCGGAGUUUGUUGGAUCACACCAGUGGAUUGGUUCUAUUGAAGUGCAGCUUGUACUGAACCAACUGCUAGGCAUAACGUCGAAAAUACUGUUUGUCAGCCAAGGGUCUGAGAUGGCUUCUCAGGGAAGAGAACUUGCUAAUCACUUCAAGACUGAGGGAACACCUGUGAUGAUUGGUGGUGGAGUCUUGGCUCACACAAUACUGGGGGUAGCAUGGAAUGAAAGCACAGGGCACAUAAAAUUUCUGAUCCUUGAUCCACAUUACACUGGGCCAGAGGAUCUGCAUGUUGUAUUAGAAAAGGGUUGGUGUGGAUGGAAGGGUCCAGAUUUCUGGAAGAAAGAUUCCUAUUAUAACCUUUGUCUACCUCAGAGACCAAAAUCUAUCUGACCAUCUGUUUAGAAGAUUUGGUAACCUACCUGACUUACAUCAUACCUAAUAUGUAUAUCAAGAGAUUCAUAUUACCUGUCUAUAGAUAUAGAUAAAUAUUCAUUUUCUUAUGCAAUGAUUAUUUAUUUUUACUCAAAAUAGUCUCGUCACUCAAAAUGCCUAUUGAAAUGGAAAUGCUUCUCCAAUGUUUUAGAGUGUAAAAAUGAUUUAUUCAAAUAAAAGCCGGUUAUUUACCAUGUCA